CAUUGAAAAAGACAGCGUUGGCGUUGGAUGUAUAAAUUCACGAUCCCUUCUUCUCUUCUCCACAAAAUUCAUUUCUUCUUCUUUCUCAGCCAUGGACUGGACCAGAGGCCCCGCCGUCGGCCGCGGCUCCUCCGCCACCGUCUAUUUGGCCACAGCCUCCUCCUCCGGCCACCAAUUCGCUGUCAAAUCCACCGACCUCUCUUCAUCGGCCCUAUUGCAGAAGGAACACGCUCUUCUCUCCAAUUUCAGCUCCCCAUACCUAAUCAAGUGCCUAGGUUUCGAUAUCGAAACUGAAGCCUUUAAUCCGCCUGUGUUCAAUCUGUUCAUGGAGUAUUUGCCGGAGGGGACGUUAUGGGAUGCGAUUCAGAGCAACGGCGGCCGGAUGGAGGAAUCGACGAUCGGAGUAUUUUCGCGUCAGAUUCUCAAGGGAUUGGAGUACCUUCAUGCUAAUGGAUUGGCACAUUGCGAUAUCAAGAGCCGGAAUCUGUUACUGAGUGGUGAGGGUUUGAAAAUCGCCGAUCUAGGUUGUGCGAAAUUUGUCGAGGGAAUUUCCGGUAACAGAAUUGGGACUUUUUCUGGUUCGCCGGCGUUCAUGGCGCCGGAAGUUGCGAGAGGUGAAGAACAGGGGUUUCCGGCGGAUGUUUGGGCUUUUGGAUGUACAAUCAUUGAAAUGGCUACUGGCGAUCAUCCAUGGCCGGAGAUGGAGGAUCCGAUCUCGGCGUUGUAUCGGAUUGGAUUUUCCGACGAGUUACCGGAGAUUCCGCGGUGGUUGUCGAAGAGUGCGAGGGAUUUUGUCGCCAAGUGUUUGAUAAAAGACCCGAAAGAAAGAUGGACUGUGAAACAGCUUCUUGAGCAUCCGUUUCUUCAGGGAUUUGAUUCUGAAUCGGAGAUUGAAUGCUGGAGGAUGAAAACGAUGAGGAAUUCUUCUCCGAGCUGUGUUUUAGAUCAGAGCUUUUGGGAUUCAAUGGAGGAUUUGGAGACUCCAUUGAAGGUGACCCAUCGAGGUUCUUUGGCGGAUGGUCCGGCUGAGAGGAUUAGAAGUUUGACUGGUAAUUUGUCUUCUGAUUGGGAUUUGGAAUGGGAUGAUCGAGAUUGGGUUUUGAUCAGAAACAAUGGCGUCGGCGGCGGAAGCCAUGGAAAUGGAUCUGUGAGCUCGGAUUCUUCUGUUACAGUUGAAGAAGAAGAAGAAGAAGAAGAAGAAGAAGAAAUUUUGAACUUAGAAUUUGAAGAAAAUUCUGUAUUGUUCAGUUUAGUUAAUGAUGAUUUUAGUAUUGUGAACAGUAGGAAUGCAGAAUUAGAAAUGGAAAUUAAGAGUGAUUUUAUGUUGGAAACUGUGAGAUUUGGAGUUAAAAAGUAUUGUUCUUCUUCUUCAUUAAUCCAAAUUCAUCUCUUAUUCCCUCUUCUUCUUCCACUGUUAAUUUUUCAAAUUUUGACAAAUCUCAUUGCCUUGUUCAAGAAUUAUAGUUUGAUGAAAGAAAAAGUAUACGUUUUACAAGUGAAGAAGUUAGAACCGGAGGAUAUUCCUGUGGUGCAAGAGUUUGUUGAUGUAUUUUCUAGGGAGUUAUCAAGAUUACCACUUGAUAGAGUGAUGGAAUUUACGGUAGACUUGAUCCUAGAAACAAUGACUAUUUCUCAGGCACCCUACAAAAUGGCACCAGCUGAGUUGAAGGAGUUGAAAACUCAGUUGCAGGAACUAGUUGAUAAGGGCUAUAUCAGGCCCAAUGUAUCACCUUUAGAAGCAACGAUUCUAUUUGUGAAGAAGAAGAUGUUGAAAGGAGAACCAUUGUUCUCCAAAAUCGAUUUGAGAUCAGGUUAUCAUCAUUUAAAGGUCAGAGAGUCAGAUGUCUUUAAGACAGCCUUCAGGAUCAUGUAUGGGCAAUAUGAGUUUCUGGUUAUGCCAUUUAACUUAACUAAUGUCCCAAUGGUGUUUAUGGAUUUGAUGAAUAGGAUAUUUCAUCCAUAUUUAGACCAGUUCGUAAUUGUCUUUAUAGAUGAUAUCCUGAUUUACUCAGAUAGUAGGGAAAAACAUGCAGAGCAUCUGAGGAUAUUAUUGCAGACACUACGUGAAAAGAAGUUAUAUGCCAAGUUUAGUAAGUGCGGAUUUUGGCUCAACCAAAUAGUAUUCUUGGGGCAUGUGGUGUCAGCAGUAGGAGUUAGUGUUGAUCCUCAGAAGAUAGAAAUCAUAGUUAAAUGGGAACGACCCACCUCAGUAACAGAGAUACAUAGUUUCCUUGGUUUGGCAGGAGCCAAAGUAAAGAUUGGUGUCUGCACUAAUCCUAACCCUUCUAGUUCUAGGGAAGGAGUUCGUGUGAUGCAUCCAGACAAGGAUUAG